GGAGGGCUGGGGGUCCUGGGGCUGAGAAGCAGAGAGAGAGAGAGAGAGAGAUUGCUGGAGGAGGGAAGGUGCAGGAACAGCUGGACUACCUGGAGCCCAGAAAGAAGAGAAGAGAAGAGAAGGAGAGGCCACCGGAGGAGGAGGAGGAGGCCCAAAGUUGCCCCAACUCCUAGGAGGAACUCUCUGCCUGCCUUUGAGGUGGUUCCAGCUGACCUUCAGUGAGGAAGAGGAGGAGGAGGAGGAGGAGGAAGAAGGGAAGCCAUACGGAAGGGAUAUUGAAAGAACGGCUCUUCCCAUAUGUAUCUCCCCAGUCCCUGAGGUUGUGGGUGCCCUUUCCAUUUGAGGUUUGGAUUUUAGGUGUCUUUCAAGAAGAUUUGACAAGCAUAAAAAAAAAUAAACCAUGGCGUCACGCAUUGGUUUACGAAUGCAGCUCAUGAGAGAGCAAGUACAGCAAGAGGAGCAACGGGAGCGCAUGCAGCAGCAGGCAAUGAUGCAUUACAUGCAGCAACAGCAGAUGCCAGUGGCUCCAACCCCUGCCAUCAACACACCAGUUCAUUUCCAGACACCACCCCCUGUGCCAGGAGAAGUCUUAAAGGUUCAGUCUUUCCUGGAGAACCCUACUACAUACCACUUGCAGCGGUCACGAGACAAGAAGGUCCAAGAAUUCCUGUCUGAAACUUAUGGGAACAAAUUUGCUCCACUGCUCAGUGCCCCUUCUCCUAAGCCUCCCCCUUCUGCCUCACCAGGUGUGAGACCAACACCAAGCCAUGUCUUGUCCUCUUCUGCAGGCAACAGCACCCCCAACAGUCCAAUGGCAAUGCUCAACAUUGGCUCUAACCCAGAAAGGGAGAUAGAUGAUGUCAUUGAAGACAUAAUGCAGCUGACAACUACAGUGGGAUGUAUUAAUCCAGAAAUUCAUAUGCCCAAUACUCUGCCACUAUCCAGCAGCCAUAUGAAUGUGUAUAGCAGUGACCUUCCAAUGACUCCCUCUGCGAUGGGCAUCACCAGCAGCUCCUGCCCUGCUGAUCUCACCCAGAAAAGAGAGCUCACAGAUGCUGAGAGUCGUGCUUUGGCUAAGGAACGCCAGAAGAAGGACAAUCACAAUCUAAUUGAAAGAAGACGAAGGUUCAACAUCAAUGAUCGCAUUAAGGAACUAGGAAUGCUGAUCCCAAAAGCUGGAGAUUUGGAUGUGCGCUGGAACAAAGGGACAAUUCUGAAAGCCUCUGUUGAUUACAUCAGGAGGAUGCAGAAAGACCUACAGAGGUCACGAGAUCUUGAGAAUCAUUCUCGACGCCUGGAAAUGGCAAACAAGCAACUCUGGCUCCGCAUACAGGAGCUGGAGAUGCAGGCUCGGGUCCAUGGGCUGCCAACCACUUCACCCUCUGGCAUGAACAUGGCUGAACUAGCUCAGCAAGUAGUCAAGCAAGAAGCCUCUGGGGAUGAGAGGACAACAGAGAUUCAGCAGCAGCAGCAACAGCCGCCACCACCACCACAACUCCAUCCUGAGCUGGAAGCUCAGCAGCACCAGCCUCACUUUGCUCCGCCACAGUCUCCUUACCAUCAGCUGGACUUUACUCAUAGCCUGAGCUUUGACGACAACUCCAGGGGCUUCCAUGAUUCUCUGGACCCCAGCCAAAAUGUCUCCUUCCCUUCUUUGUCCAAGAAGGAUCUAGACUUGAUGUUGAUGGAGGAUACCAUGCUGCCUGUGGCUUCUGAUCCCUUGUUCUCUGCCGUCUCACCGGAAGCCUCUAAGGCCAGCAGUCGCCGAAGCAGUUUCAGCAUGGAGGACACAGAUAUGCUGUGAUUUGAAGCCUCUAAGGCAGAAAGGACUAAUAGUCAAAUAUCUGUUUAUGAAGAUUUGUCCCUCUGCCUCAUCCAUGCAGACUUUUUCAGGGGCUUGGGAGACUAAACAGAAAUACAUCCUAAACUGUGGACAAUUUGGGAUGGACAAGGUUCAUCCCAGCUUUUGGAAUGUUAAUCCUCUCCUUCCCAUUUAUUUUCUGCCCUGAUUUGCCAAAAAUGUAGAAAUCCUGCUUCAUCAGUCAUGAUCACAGGAUAAUCAGGGUUCACAACUCCUUUCCAGACUUUCUAACUCCUGUGCCUUCAUAUUGCAUGUCCUGCAAAGCCACUUUGCCUUUUUUAAUUGUUUUUUUCUUUUUCUUUGCUACAAUGUGGUUUUGGUGUAGAAGGCCAAGCAGCAGUUCAUCCUGUCUGAAAUGCAGGCUUAAACAAGGAUUGGAACUAAUCUGUGCUCCCAGACCCACAUGUCUCAUCUGUGUCCCCCACUGUUACCCUCCCAAAGCUUUUUUAGCUACAAUCACCAGGUCAUAGCCUGAUUCAAGUAUGCUCCCAUACUGAGGCGCCUUUCUGUACAUGGUGCAGGAAUGCCCAGUAGACUCUACAAAAGGGAGAGUGUGGUGCUACUGCCAAAAUGUGUGUCCUCUUGGGUGGUGAUUUUGUACCAGUUCUUUGGAGAGAUUGUGUAAUAAAUCUCAGAGAAUCCCUUUAAAGGUAGCAACCCAAGUGGAACACACUAGCCUUAAUGAUUUUUUGCAGUUUUUCAAAAUAACACUCCAUUAGGCCUUGAUAAAAAAACCUCUCGUUUGAUUCUUCCCAAAGCUCAGGUCACCAAAGUCUAUUUUUGGCUUUGGCUCCUCCUCUCUUUCUCUUAAUUUUUUUGAGGGUGUGUGGCUAUAACCCUAUGUAGCCACAUAGGCAUUUGUGCGGCAAGAAGGGUUUGUGUGCAUACCUGCAGUCAUUUCAGGGUUGUUUUUAACAGCAGUCUUUCAUCCUGGAGAAUGAGCAGGUUGUUUUUGUCAUUUUGAACCAUGCUUGGUUUCAUUCAAAACCUGCAAGUUUGUUUCUUUCCUACCACUGCAUACAGGUUCUCAGUCUUUGUCCAGAUGAGGCCUCUGUAUAAUGUACUGAUAACAGCCCAUCAAUCUAACUGGGAGCCAUUUUUCUGUCAGCUGAUUCUGUUGCUUUUUAAGUUGGGUGUUUUAUCUGUAGCUUUGCUACAAAGAAAAACAUAUUUUUAUAUUCUUACAAAUUCUAGACUUUCAGUGAAGCUUUCCUUGUUCUUCAUUUGCACUAGUUCAGUUAAAUAUAUUCAGCUAUGCUAGUGGUGAAGUCCUAAGGACAACUACAUACAUGCACUUAUUUAUGCUAACUAUCUGGAUUGUGAGGUCUGUGUGAUGCUUUCAUUCUACAUAUACCUGAGGUCCUUAUUUUCAAUACCAUUUACAUAGCAAUAUACCACUGAAAUGCAGCUACUUUUCUGUGACAUGGUACAUGUAAUUGGUUAUCAAAAAUUUGGAGUUUUGCACAUGCAUCUGGAGUUUUGCACAUGUAUCUGUUGAGGGGAAUACCUAGCAUACUUACCCUUGCAUAUCCUAUUCUGGGCUCUUUCAUAUAUAGUCCAAAUGAAGAUGGAGACCCUGCUAACAAUGCUUGAAGGAGAGUUCUGGUGGUUCCUACUCUGAUUUAUUUUAUACCCUCAUGUGAAUGUUUUGAUAUGUGCUGUCUCCUAGAACUCAUAAAAUCCCUACAUGGUUCUUUUUGCAGUCUAAGCUCUCUUCCUCCCUACUGUGUAGUCCUGGGAGUAUGAAAAUGAAUGGAUUUCGUUCCUAACACCAGUAGUUCAGUUUCUGAAGGCAUUAAGAAUACUUCCACUUAGGAAUGGUGGUACUUUGCAGUCCCAUAUGUAGAAACUUUGGUUGAAUUGUCUUCUCCACAGUUCCUAAUUCUUUUUGGUAGCUCAGCAUCCUCCUUCCUGCUAGCCUAGGUGUGUUUGCAUCAGGACUUGGCCUGAUGUUUUUGACAAGAGCAGCAUGUCCAGUGCCUGAAUGUAACUAAUCAAAAUAUAGUUCUUACAGGGGAUCUGUAUUUUUAUUUUUAUUAUUAUUAUUGACCUCAGGGUAGACAGUGGUCCUUCUUCAGUUUGAGCACUUGGUAUCAUCAAGCUUGUGAAAUGUUAGGAAGACAAAGUCUCAUAUUGAAGGGUUUGGGAUGGUUAUUUCACAUUGGUCCUGCUUGGUUCAAAUGUUAAAUUAUAAAAUAUUACUGAUUUUCAAAGGAACAAAGAACAAGAUCCAGUCACAUGGAGAUAGGAAGAGGAGUGUUUGUUUAUUUGGGGAAGGGCUAAAUGAUGCUCCUUGGAUUACUAUAUUAAGUUUAUUAGUCUAUUUUAGUCCUUUUAAAUUUACAGCAUGUAUGCCUUAAGGCUUUGUUAAUGCUAGUAGAAUCUAUGAAUUUCUAUCUGUGGAGAAAGAACUUCCUCUUCUUUCCACUUAAAAUCUGAAUCUUGUUUAACUUGAUUGUUAAGAAGAGAAGCUGCAGCUCAAGGUGGCACAUGUGGAAGGCUAGAGGGUUGCGUUAGCCCCCCCCAGGCGACCUGGAGAAGACUUCACCUUUCCACUGCCAUAACCCAGAAAAAGUCAACCCCCCCCCAAAAUAUCCACAAACAACUUCUAGGAGGAAUGGGGACAUUUUUCCAUGUUUGUAGUUCUUCUUGGCCAUUUUUGGCCCAGGGGAGGCCAUUUUUAACAAUAGUGAGUAGAACAGAACUCACUUCCUCUUUCAGGAAAAUGUCCUCUCCUGGGUUGAAACAUAUGGC